AUGGCGCCAGAGAUCUUCAAGAGCCACGACUACUCGACGGCCGCCGACGUCUACUCGUUCGGGGUGCUGCUCGCCGAGUGCUCGACGCACCACGUUCCGUACACGGACCGCACCAACAAGCCGAUGAACCAGCAACAUGUGAUGGCCAAGUGA